AUGUCAACGACGGCUAACUUAUGUAGGCUAUACUCCUGCAUCUGGACGACAACGGGAACCCUGGAUGAAAUCCACUCCAUCGACUUUGACCUGCGCCCAGUCAACCUCACAGCCGACGACUUAGCUCCCAGCGACAACCCCUCCAAAAUGUUGUCCUACAUCUGGAAGGCCUGUGAAAACGGCUACCUCGAUGAAGGAGACGAUACGCAGUCAUCCUCACCCCAGACCCCGACCGUGGUCGAACACACCACUAUCUUCCCUAGCCCACCACCCAAGUCCUCGUUCUUGUCGAACAAUUGGACGGCGUUGGAUUAUGAUGAAGACUGGGCUUGGGGAGAUCGCCAUUUUUCUGUUGUAGAGGAAUGCAUGCUCUUUUUCUGUUCAGGGAUGUUCAACUUCCGCACCCUUCGGAAUCGGGAAAACCUCACCAGCUCCGUUCGCAGCAACUGGUUGUUGUUCUGGGAUCACCUCACAAAGCUACACGACCACAUCCACGCUUUGGUGUUCUUUCUGCUGACUACCCAGUUAUACGGUUUUCCAACUACUCUAGAUUCUCCGACUCGCCUGCUGUCGAGGACUGGGACGGCGUCCACAACUAAAUGCUACGCGUACCAGGUCGACCCUGAUGGUCUGGGAUAUUGGCGCGGACUAGUCGAUUGUGGCGGUAUCAUUGCAUGGGUUUCAGGUAACUCGGGGAUUUAUCUGGCCUCGCCGUCGACAUCCUUGGGAGACCGGCACGCGCGAGGCUUAAGCGACGUGCAGUACGACCGCUACAUCCAAGCCAUCUUCACCGCACACACCAUCCUAGCCCUCUGA